AGCAUGACUUUUUUUUAGGAAAGUGCAGGUGCCAGUCCAGACCACCAAUCCUCCUCCUCCUCAGGUAUAAAUCUCCGGACUGCCUUCAGCUUCGAGAAAUUAAAAGCGAUGUGACAAAAGGUGCAAAACGUGUUGAAUCAAACCAGAGCUGCCUGCUGACUUAAUGUCAACCUGAUCUGUCAUUGGAUUCCAUGCAUAGUUUAGCUAACCCAUGUUGCGCUUUUAAGCUUUUCCCAUUUACUUUAGACUGACGAAUCUUCCCGAGGAGCUGGUAAUUAAAAGCAUGCAGUGACCAAAUAAAAGUAAACGGUAGAAAGGUAAGCUAACCGUGCUUCAUCAUAAAAGCUCGCUUUGUUAGCUUGCAAACUAGCUAGCUGUUGUUAGCAUUGCAUUAGCGUUUGGUGAGCAGUGCCAAUGAGACAAUGCUAACGUUGCCUAAUAGUGAUGUUUUGAUCUGCACCGACGACGCUGUCUCGGAAAUUUCCAGCGUUAAAAGCAGCAACAGUUAUGUUUUUUCUGCGAAAUCUGACAUCUCGCUGUCAACAACAUCAACACGUAUCUCAAACACGGAUGUGCUCUGAUGUCAUACAGGAAGUUUUCCCAGCAGUAAACCCUCAGCAUCAUUACCACCAUCAUCCAUCCAGCGAGUCAAAGCUUUCCAUGCUAACUAUGACAGCAGCUGAAACAGAAGGGUAAUUCACGAAGCUAACGCAGGGCUGGGCCAUGUGGUGAUGCCAUGCAGAGGAGACACAGCAGCAACACGGAUGGCAUGUCCUCUGAAAGAACUCGAAGCCAAACACUGGGGUCGGAGAGCAGCCUGGAUGAGAGUGGCGUGUUUGACUGCCUGAAGCCCGAUUCGUCCACUUCACCCCAGCAGAUGUUCUCAGGCCUGGUGGGCAUCCCCUCCAGCUCCGUCUCAUCUGCUCAAUUGCAAGCAGCUGGUUUAGUCUUAGGCUCUCCCCCUGAAGUUUUUAUCCAGAUGACUGCGUCUUCCAGGGAAGAAGCAGGCAGCCAUCGAGCGGAGGGUGGCCCGUUCCUCUCCCGGCCGCCCCAGCACCACCACCAUCACCACCACCACUUUCACCAGCCCCUGCAGCACAGGACAUCCUCACUGCUCCAGCAGGCCACCACAGCAGCUAGCCCAGAGAGGCACAGCUCCAGGGAGGAGGGACAGGACGACCAGUCCACCCCAGCUCCGGCUUUGUCCGAGCUGAAGGCGGUGGUUGCGUGGCUGCAGAGAGGCUUUCCAUUUAUCCUCAUUCUGCUGGCUAAAGUCUGCUUUCAACACAAGCUAGGUAUUGCUGUCUGUGUGGGAAUGAUUAGCACAUUUGCUUACGCCAACUCUACAUUCAAGCAUCAGGUUUCAUUGAGGGAGGAGCGGUCCAUACUUGUUGCUCUGUGGAUCAUCUUGUUUCUCGGGGGAAACAUUGUAUACAUCUACUACACUUUCAGCCAUGAGGAGCUGCACCACAGUCUUAUAUUUGCAAAGCCCAGUCUCAACAGCUUUGACUUCUUUGAUCUUAUCUGGGUGGUUGGAAUCACCGACUUUGUACUUAAAUAUGUCACCAUCGGCCUGAAGUGCUUCGUCCUCUUCCUGCCCAAGAUUAUCAUGGCCUUCAAGUCAAGGGGUAAGUUCUACCUUCUGAUUGAGGAGCUGAGCCAGCUGUUUCGGGCUCUCGUGCCAGUGCAGCUGUGGUACAAGUACAUCAUGGGCGAAGACCCGUCAAACAGUUACUUCCUGGGAGCAACACUCAUCAUCAUUUACAGCCUCUGCAAGUGCUUUGAUGUUUGUGGACGGGUAUCUGCAAUACGCAAGGCGUUGGUAAUGCUCUGCAGCUCCCAGAGUUACGGAGUCAGGGCCAACACUCAGCUGUGCAGUGAGGCUGGUGACGUCUGUGCUAUCUGUCAGGGGGAUUUCAAAGAUCCCAUUGCUCUCAUCUGUCAGCAUGUGUUCUGUGAGGAGUGCCUGUGUUUGUGGUUCGACCGUGAGCGAACGUGUCCGCUGUGUCGCUCCACCGUCAUCGAGGCCCUGCGGUGCUGGAAGGACGGCACCACGUCCACUCACUUCCAGAUCUACUGAGCUCUGACAGGAUUUACAGAAUCAAAGGGGAUACGCUUCGAAGCAAGUUGGACAAUGCUGUGGUAAAAGUGUUGAGAACUGAAUGAUAGCGCACAUAAGUCUAAUUAUCCACGCUGAGUCAAAGCAUCAAAGUCAGUCAUUUUAUUUGUGACAUAUUUUCUCUGAUCAUGUCAUAAAAUUAUUUAUUGUGAUGAUGGUGUGCAGAAUAUACAAUCCGUAUUGUGAGGGAUGUUAUUUAAAGUAAACUUUGAUUUUAAAUUAGGUUUAAUUAUUUAAAUGAAGUGGAAUGUUUGAGCAGGAUUACCAGCGGCAAGCUAUAGUUAAUGUGAAGUUUUUGGUCAGCUUGAUCUAUAUUAAAGACAACAUUCCAUUUUGCUGCUGCUGCUUUUCUUGUGAGUCACAUAGUUUUGUUCGUUUUUGUGAAGCAUGUUUCAAUUAAAGACAACCUGAGGGACA